AUUGAAUUGAAUGACAUGGCUGGCUCAGGAAUUCUGGGAGUUGAAGUUCACCGACCGUAAAAGGGCCAUAGUAAGUUUCCCUACCCCUGGCUCUUCGGGGAAAGACUUAAGAGGCUGAAUCGUACGCCGAGAUGGAAAGCACGACCAAAGUCUCGAGCUGCAAGCUAGACGUAAUAAGUUUUCAGGGUCGGAGUGCUGAGCCACCCCGACUCCGCCCGGCUGCACUUGAGGAAUUGCCGAGCCUUCUGAUCGUCUUGCAAAGCCUGGCUGGAGAUGGCCGCGCGUAAAGGCGCGCAGCCGACGCACCCGGAAACCUUGUGCCUCGGAGAAGGAGGAGGAGAAAAAGGACAACCUGAGCGAGCUCAGUCACUGCCUCUUUCUCCCAGGCUCAGGCGCCGGUCUGCCCGCCAGGUGGGCCGCCUCUUGGGCAGAGGCGGGAAUCCAGAAGCGCUUGCUUAAGACGCCGAAACUCGCGUCCCAGGUGCGCGGCCGAGACCAUUGCGCCUCAGACGCCGGCUGGACCGCUCGCCUUCUGCAUCCGGAAGCGAUGGGGCCGCUGUCGCACCGCGUGACGCUGCCGCUGCUUUUCCUAGCUGCAGGGGGAUGGCCGCGGGUCUCCUGGUCGCUGGUCUGGUACACAGCCUGGGUGAGCACGGUGUAUACCGAGCCGGCCACCAACCGCACGGUGCGGGACAGCGCGGAAAGCGGGCGUUACGGGAUCAGCUCGCCGAAGGAGAGCGCGCAGGGCCUAGUGGGCAUCCCUUUUGGCGGAACGGCCCGCCACAUGGAGGGCUGCGACCCCAAGAUGGAAUAUGAGAUCCCCAUGGCGCCCGGAAACUCCUCGGGAGAAAAAGAGGCCGGAGCGCCCUUCUUGCCGCCUCAAUCCUGGAUCGCCUUAGUGGCCCACGGAGGCUGCCACUUGAAGGACAAAGUCGCCAACGCAGCAAGGAGGAAAGCGGCCGCCGUGGUCGUCUACAACGAGCCUCGGUUCGGCAACUCCACUCUUACCUCUGUGUCGUACCUCGGUACUGCUGAUAUAGUUGUAAUUAUGGUUGGGUAUCCAAAAGGAAUGGAGAUCCUGGAGCCAGUCCUAAGAGGAAUUCCAGUGAAAAUGACUAUUAGUGUUGGUAAACAACAUGUACAAGAAUAUAUCAACGGACAGUCAAUUGUGUUUGUAGCAAUUGCAUUUAUCACAAUGAUGAUUAUAUCUUUAGCAUGGCUUAUAUUUUUUUAUGUACAACGUUUUCUCUAUACUGGAUCACAAUUUAAAAGCCAGGGUCAGAGAGAAGAAACUAUUGGUGCAAUUGCCCUGCUGCCACUGUAUACUCUGAAGGAUGAAGAUAAGUGUUGGGCUAUUGAUACAGAAAAUUGUGCUAUAUGCAUCGAAAACUAUAAAGCAAAAGAUACUGUUCGACUUCUGCCUUGCAAACAUAUCUUCCAUAAGCUGUGCAUUGAUCCCUGGUUGCUGGAACAGAGAACAUGUCCAAUGUGUAAAUUAGAUAUCAUGAAAGCACUAGAAUAUUGGGAAGGAUCUAAAAAAGUUGCAGUGCCUGAAUCAAUGAAUAACAUACCAACUGAAAAUGGGAAUAUUUCAAUGGAAGAAGAUAGUAAUGAAACAAGUGGCUUAUCAGCAUCCUGUACUAGUUCUAACUGCAUUAAAUAAUGUUUUAAAAAAAAAUCUGUGUGAAACAACAAUUUUACUUGAACUGGAGAAUGGAGAUAAUGAACAUGAUCAUUUGUCUUCUGGAUCACUACAAAUUUAAUGAGAAAUGAACUGAUAAUAUAAAAAAAACUUUUUAAAAAAUAUUUAUGGACUUGAAGCUAGCUUAAUAAAUAUAUAUACUUCCUGUUAAUCUUGGUUACAGAACUUUUCUCUAUACAAAAUAAAAUACACUAGUUCUAUUUUUGAUCUAUGAGAAGAAGAGUGGAAGAGAAAAAACCUGCUUUUUAAAAAGAUUAUCUGAAGGUGUUAGGUUGUUAGUCUUAUUCUCAGAAAAAAUUGGUGCCUUUCAUGGAAUGACAUUCCUACUUCACUAUCCCUUAGUCCUAUUGUUUGUAACAAAAUAAAAUCUUCUCAGGAAAAAAACAAGUUAUAACUAUUUCAAAAAUACAUUUGGAAGACUAAUACAAGUAUAAAGAGCACAAAUAAACCAUAUGGGAUAUAUUACACUAUAUAUGCAUAAUUAACAAUUAUUUUCUUGUAAAAUAUGGCUUAACUUAAACAUGUAAAAUAUAAGUGGUUCUAAAAGUCUUUUGAUAUAUAUCUAAGAGAAAGAAUAUAUCUGUGUGUGUGCACUGAUA